UUUCUUUUAUGCCGACAGGAGGAUGCAAUGAUUCCGGUAGAGAGCAGACACUGGAGAAUACAAAACGGCUUCCUUACAAGAUUUUCGCAGCUAUAACAGCAGUGAAUAUUCAUCGAACGACUCUUCAGGAAUGGCCAAUGUGCCAUGGUUUAGUCUCUUGACAAUGGUCACAAUCUCAGCUACACUCUCCUUCAUGGCUGAUGCUCAAGAUUGCUUCGGAGGCAUUGAGACUUUCGAAAAAAUGGUUUCCAUGAGCUUCAGUGGCGUGGUGUCCUACAAAUCUAUGCUCCAACAACCAGGCCAGGCCAUUACAAGGGACUGCAUCAACUUAUGCAAGCAGCAGGCCGCUUGUUUAUCCUUUUCUUUAAAUUAUACCUCAUCAUCCUGUAUAUCUUAUAACGUCAACUCCGUCGGCAGAGGAGACGACAUAAUUGUGGCUAAAGCAGUCAAUUUCUAUGAGAAAAUCUGCUUUAGAGGAGUAUCUAAACAAGCAUUCGAUUCUGCCUGCCGAGAUAGACUGUGGGUGUUCGAUAGGGUUCGAGAAGCUUAUUUGGACGGUCAUGUGGACAAGGAAACGAGAAACGUACGCACUAAAGAAGACUGCGAGAAACUGUGUAUUACGGAGGAGAGAUUCAGAUGUCGGUCGGCGGAUUAUGAUGAAAUCCAGCAUAUCUGUCGGAUGAGCAGAGAGACCCGCCGGACGAAACCGAAUGCUUUCCGUGUAGCGCCAGGAUCCGGGAGGAAUUAUCUGGAAAAUCAAUGCGCUCCUCCUCCUCCAGCUAGCUGCCGAUAUGAAACUAAGCAGGAUGUCACUUUGUUGACACCAGACCACCUUCAGUUUGCGGCUUCAGUGACCGACUGCAUGGAUCAGUGCGACGCAGAGACAGCUUUCAACUGCUGGUCCUAUAGUUAUGUUGACAACAGGUGCCAACUUAGCGGAGACAGUAGUGUCACCUGGGGAAAAGACGUAAUACUUCCUAGUCAUCCCGGUGCCGUUUAUGGAGAAUUAAAAUGCUUUUUUGAACAAUGUGAUAAUGGUGUGAUGACUUUCGAAAAGAUGACUGGAGUUCUUCUGCGCUCAGCCCAAGGUAGCAUGAUGAAGGUGAGCAAGCAUGGAGCUUUGGGAAAUACUUUAGAAUGCGCACAGAUCUGUCUGGAGGAUGGCACGGAAUGUCCAGCGUUCAGUGACCAUUACCACAAUAUGCGUUGUGAUCGACUGGACAGAAAUUCAAACGGCCGAACGCAGGAGCUUAUAGCUAGAGAUGGUGAAAGUUAUUUUGAGAAAAUAUGCUUGCAAGGUCCAGAGGCUCAGACUUGCUCAGACAAGGCAUGGGCUUUCGAAAGAGCGCUAGGUUACGAGCUUGCGGAUAAUUUAUACCAAAAAACAAUCAAUAAAGUGGAAACUCGAACAUCCUGUAUCCAGUUGUGUCUCUCAGAAAGAGAAUUUACUUGCAAGUCUGCCCGAUAUGAUGAAGACAGUGGUGAAUGUAAGCUAUCCCCAUCGGACCGCAGGACGGAACCGAUGAAAUAUUACAGAAGUCAAAAUGCAAGAGUCAGCUAUUUAGAAAAUAGCUGUCUUCCAGUGGAUACUAGUUGCCCAUAUGUAGAGACAGAAGAUGCCUAUCCCACAUAUGCAAACAUCAUACAGACAGAGGGAGUAUCUACAUUAGAGUCUUGCCGAGACCUCUGCAAUAAUCUUGAACGCUUCUCAUGCCGUUCCUUCUCUUAUUAUUCAAGCGCCUUACAGUGUUUUCUAAGCGGAGAUGACAAAGCUAGUGGUGGAUCUGCGGCCAUCCAAAAACGCCCGGGCAUCAUGUACUAUGAGAGGAUGUGCCCACAAGUCACAACCAUUGAAGCAUAUACAGAGACAACAGCUCCGGAAGUGACCGUAACUUCAUCUCUCUCUGUCCCUACAUUGGGUAUCUCCAGUAACACUCAAGCCCAGUUUCAAGAAAAGGAAACCACAGUGAAGACGAGACCACCAUAUCAGCCUCAAGAACCGUCUCGUCCAGAAUGCUCCCCUACGGAACGUUUAAUUUUCGAGAAACUGACAGGCUACGAACCUUUUGGGGUGACGUCCACUCUCCUGUACAGAGGUGACAGUUCGACACCAGGCAUUACGGCCGAAUGCGUUCGUAGAUGUCAAGCUUUGUCAGACUGUCGCUCUUUCGUUCUGGAUCACCAGAGGUUCGAAUGUAGUAGCGUUCAGGACCCUCCCAGCAUACAUCCGGCAGAUUUUAGAGCGGCCAUUGGGAAGACAUUUUUCGGAGGCCUCUGUGUUCCGGCAUAUCUUGGUUGCUCUAAACUAUGGGUUUAUGAAAGAAUCAUGGAUUAUGAGCUUCAAGGUCUCCGUCCAUUGGACGUAGUCAGAGUUGUUAGUUUGGAGCAAUGUCAGCAACAUUGUCUCGAAACACGGAAGUAUGUUUGUCGUUCAGCAAAUUAUUACCACUUAAGAAGAGAGUGCCACGUUUUUGGUGAUGACAGAACUGCACCUAAAGCUCACUUAGUGGAGGCAAGCAGAGUAGAUUUUUUCGAAAACCAGUGCCUCGUUGAAACUUCAUUUUGUCCGUACCAAAAGUCAGAGGAGGACUUGGCAAUGGUAUAUGUAUCAAAAUCUCUACCGGAUACUCCAUCAACAUUGCACUGCGAAAGAGAAUGCAACCGAGAAAGGGAGUUUAACUGCAGAAGUUAUACCUAUUGGGACAGAGGAGCACAUGGUAGCGUAUGCAUGUUGAGCGGAGAAAGCCGACUCACCGGACAAGGUAUCGGACUUUCCUACAGAGAAGGUGCCACUUAUUCAGGCAAAACUUGUAAAACUUCAGUUUCUGAUGGACGGCUGAUGCCCACUGCAUAUCCUCCCGUUCCCGCCUCUACUAAAGGGACAACAAGCAUGCAUACUCCAAGUCCUAGGGUUACAGAAACGUCGUCACAUAAACCACCACCACCACCUCCUCUACCACCAGUUUUUCCGCCAUUGCCUCCGCCUAUAUGCACUUUUAACCAGUACACGUACGAAAAGGUGAUUGGGCACGAUGUAAGAGGUGGACGUAGAGAAAGAGUGCCAACUAGAGUUCCUGUAGGUGUCGUGCAUCCUUGUCAAGCUGAAUGUCAAAGACUGGGCCCCCGAUGUCAAGGUUUUGUCGUACAAUACCAGAGCUACCAGAACUGCUACGUCAUUCUCAGAGAUCCCACUGAUGAACCCAUCCUUGUACCAUCUUUUGAUUCAGUGUAUUUCAAUAAAGUUUGCCUCAGAGAGCAGCCGUGUCAAAAACUUUGGAGUUUCGAGAGAUAUCUCCACUACGAGUUGCAGACAGAUGCCAUUCGAGAAGCUUCUGGAGUCCUGGAACGCACAGAUUGUGAGGAUUUAUGCCUUCAAGAACGACCACUUUGCAAGUCAGCAGUUUAUCAUUACCAUGACAGGACAUGUCGUCUGUACACCGAGACUAAGCGAACAGCCGCCAAUCGAUUCCACUUUACCGCUCAGGAAGUAGAAUAUCUUGAAAACCAAUGCACAUCGGAAUCACCCACGUGUCAGUACCGAGACUUCCCAGAUCGCUUCCUUCCACAACUGGACAGACUUUCAAGAGCAUUCAAUCUAAAAGACUGCCAAAGACAAUGCGACACUGAGCGGGAUUUCACUUGCCGGUCUGUGAAUUUUGAAACUGUCGCUAAAGAUUGUGCUCUGAGCAGUGAGGAUAUAUCAAGCGUUCCUCAAGGAAUCAACGCUCUUCAAGUUCGAAGAAAUUCACUUUAUAGCGAGAAAGGCAGUUGUGAACAAGUUUCUGUCCAAUGUAAUCCUCAAGAUAUGCUGCUCACUAUCCAUUUCGACAGCCCAUUUCAUGGCCGGGUGUAUGCCAAAGGAAAUCCUUCGCAGUGCUUCGUAGUAGGCACGGGACAAACAAGUCUACAGUUUGCAAUUUCUAUGGGUGCACGUUGUGGCACUACGGCUGAG